AUGAUAGCGUUGGGCGACAUCUACAAGGUGGUGGAGGCGAUGGCGCCGCUCUACUUCGCACUGGGGCUCGGGUACGGGUCAGUGCGGUGGUGGCGGUUCUUCACGGCGGAGCAGUGCGGCGCCAUCAACACGCUGGGUGUCUGCUUCUCCAUGCCCUUCUUCACCUUCGACUUCGUGGUCCGCGCCGACCCCUACGCCAUGAAUUACCGCGUCAUCGCCGCCGACGCCGUCACCAAACUUCUCGCCGUGCUCGCCGCGGCCGUCUGGGCGCGCUGCGCCAAGGCCAAGGCCGGCGCCUACUCGUGGUCCAUCACGGGGUUCUCCCUUGGCGCGUACAACAACACGCUCGUCGUGGGCGUGCCGCUGCUGGACGCCAUGUACGGCAAGUGGGCGCAGGACCUGAUCGUGCAGAUCGCCGUCGUGCAGGCCAUCGUGUGGUUCCCGCUCCUUCUGCUCGCCUUCGAGCUGCGGAAAGCCUGGGUCGUCGGCGGCGGCGUCUCUUCUUUGAGCGCCACAAUGGCCCACGACGACGGAUCCACCAGCAGCGACGACGACCGAGCGCGGCGCGUCGAGCCAGUGUCGCACAGCGACGUCGAGGUGGACCUGGACGUGGAAGCGGCGCCACCCACCGGUGGAAGGAGGAUCCGGCUGUGGUUGAUGGCGAGCACCGUGGGGAUGAAGCUGGCGAGAAACCCCAACGUGUACGCCAGCGUCCUCGGAGUCGCCUGGGCGUGCAUCGCCUACAGGUGGCGCAUCGGCAUGCCGGGCAUCGUGACGGGCUCGCUGCAGGUCAUGUCCAGGACCGGCACCGGGAUGUCCAUGUUCAGCAUGGGGUUGUUCAUGGCGCAGCAGGAGAGAAUUGUGGCGUGCGGCGGGGGCCUGGCGGCGCUGGGGAUGGUGCUGCGCUUCGUCGCGGGCCCACUCGCGGCGCUCGCCGGAGCCGGAGCCGUCGCGUUCGGCCUCCGCGGCGACGUGCUACGCUUCGUCAUCAUACAGGCAGCACUACCGCAAUCAAUUGCCUCCUUCGUCUUCGCAAAGGAGUAUGGCCUCCACGCGGAUGUACUUAGCACGGCGGUUAUAUUUGGAACUUUGGUCUCUUUGCCCGUACUCAUCGGGUAUUACGGAGUUCUCGGCAUCGUGUGACAAACUACACUGGGAUGUAACUAUUGUGUCCAUGUAGAAUUGAUUUGCUCAAGUGCUAAUGUGUUUUCCCAUUUUUAGCUCCUCAAUGGGACAAUACUUUAAAACAACCAAAA